UACGUCUGUGAAGGUGUUAGAGCUCUUCUGGCUGAACAUGGCAGCUUCUGACGAAGACGACAGCGAAUUCGAACGCUUCCUGCAGCAAUCUCUUUCGUCCUCGUCUGCCUCGGCCCGCUCACCUAGAAACAACCCCAGCUUCAAGAAACUUCCCUCUUCAGUUAGAGAAGAAGAGGAGGAGAUGAAGAAGAUGGAGAAUCAGCAGGUCACCAGUGGCUCAAGGUGCCUGGCCAUGGUGCUGGAGGCAUGAACAGAGGAAGAGGGGGAGGAGGAAGGGGCAGAGGUGGUGGAAGAAAGAGAGGUGAAGGACCGACGAGGCUAGAACUGUCCAUACCAAGCUCCCAGUCUGUGGGAGGGGGAGAGAAAGAGGAGAGUACGACUGUCACCUACAGCUCUGACUUUUCCAAGGAUAGUAUUGAAGUCAGUUCAACUAGUACUUCAACUCAAAGACCAGAAAGUGCAGGGAAAGACUUCCAGGAUUCGGCUGCUUCUGGAUUAUCCAAUAGCAGUCGACUGGACCAAUCACAUUACUUGUCGGGCCUCAACCAAUCAGGUCUCUCGUCCAUAACCAAACACACUGCAAAGGAAGACGAGUGGAGUGAAAGUGAUGAAACAGAUAAAGAUCAAGCCACACCUGAAAACCCACGUCUGUCUCCUUCCAGACUCUCAGUAAACCCACCUACAGACCAGCAGAUUUAUUCCUCAACCCGUUCCACACAGAGAAUGAUUGCUCCUCCCAGCGAGGAAGCCCCUGUUAUUACCAGAUCUAACGAACCAAUACUCCAUCAUUCUCCUAAUACCACGGCCGUUGUCUGCGUCCCUGAACUGAAAGCGAAAGGCGAAGGAUUAUCAAGUCAAGUUGGAAAAACGUGGACUGAAUCAGACCUCAGAUUAGCGUCCAGUGGAGAUCAAAAACAUCUCACUGUAACAAAAACAGUCUCGAUUUUUCCUCAUCUGGUUUAUUGCAGCUUCUUCCAAGCCAGUCGCAGAUCCUUACGACCAAAACAAACAGCUCUAUCGCUGAAG